UAAGCUCACUUCGUUCACACUUGUAGAAGUCUCCGCUUGCUUGGCACCUUCCUUCCUUCCUUCCUUCUUGUAAACAAAUUAAUAAUUCAGUACUUAGACUUUCAACAGAAAUCCAAAUUUCCAUAACAAACCUCACAAUCAUCUUCAUAAAUCACAAUGGUGUUUCACUUCCGACGUUUUUCCAUCGAAUACAAAACCAGAACCCACACAAAAUCAACUUCAACUUCAACCUUCCACACAGCAUCUUCCGAUCUCAACCGAUCCGUACCCAAUUUCCAUACAAAAUCGUCACAAGUCUCUAAUUCGGCUGAAAAACCAACCAAUCUGAGAGUUUUUACAGUCGCUGAAUUGAAAUUAGCGACUAAGAACUUCUGCAAGUCUUCGAAGAUCGGUGAAGGUGGGUUUGGGAGAGUUUAUAAAGGUGUGGUUAAGAGUUUGGAAUACCCUGGUUCUGAGAUUCAGGUGGCGGUUAAGUAUGGUGAUGGGUUAUUGCAGGGGCGCAAAGAGUGGUUAACAGAGAUAAAUAUUCUUGGGGAGGUCAAACAUCCAAACCUUGUUAAAUUAGUUGGUUAUUGUGAAGAAGAAGGUGAACUAGGAACCAAACUGUUCUUAGUAUACGAGUAUAUGCCUAAUGGAAGUUUGAGAGACCAUUUAUCUUCGAGGUCCAAAGAACCUCUACCAUGGACCACAAGGCUUAAAGUGGCUCAUGAUGCCGCUUGUGGCUUGACGUAUCUACACGAAGAUAUGAAGUUUCAGGUUAUUUUGAGGGAUUUUAAAUCUUCCAAUAUUCUUCUAGAUGAGCAUUGGAAUGCUAAGCUUUCGGAUUUUGGGGUUGCGCGAAAAGGUCCUGAAGAAGGACUUACUCAUAUCUCAACCAAUUUCGCUGGAACGAGGGAAUACGCAGCGCCAGAGUACCUUGCGGUGGGGCAUCUAACAUCCAAGAGUGAUGUAUGGAGCUAUGGGGUGUUCCUAUACGAACUUAUCACGGGUAGGCGCCCACUGGAUAGAAAGCGGCCUCAGGAAGAGCAGAAGCUUCUAGAAUGGGUUAUACCCUACACCGACACCGAAAAGUUCAUGCAAAUCAUCGAUCCAAGACUCGAAGGAAAGUAUUCGUUAAAGGCAGCACAAAAGUUGUCCUAUGUCGCCAAUCUUUGCUUGUCAAAGGACCCAAAGUCAAGACCAAAGAUGAGUGAAGUCCUAGAAAUGGUUAGCAAACUCAUUAAGGUUCCAUCGCAAGCAACUGUUCCUACUCCUGCACCGACCCUGAUCCUAGAGGAGCCAAAGAAAGAGAUUGUGGACCCCACCGAGGGUGAAAAGACUCGUGAUGACGUAAAACACAAAGGUGGAAUAAGGUCUAUGGAUAGAGAGUCUGCUUCCAUUUCUCGACCGCGCUCUUUGAAGCUCUUGAAAUCUUGUUUUAGAUAAUAGUUUAUGUUAUGUGUACAGAAGCUUCUUACACAAGAAAUGGUUUUGAACAUUAAAUUGAGUAAAUUAUUGUAGAACUAUAGAAGUAUAAAUAGUUUUUUUUUUCAGCA